CACGUAAUAUAAUGGAAAUGUCACUUGAUAUAGAAAGACAAGAUAGUAUGCCAGAGUCCUUAGAACUAUCAUUACUAGAAAAUGUCGCGACUAUUCUCCCACAAAACUAUAAUUACAUGUUUUUCGAAUAUGAAGAAAUAUCAAAAGCAACGAUGCGUGAAACAAAAGGAUUUCAAAUCCAAGAAAAAAAA